UGCGCCGUGGGCCACGAGUACGUUGCCGACGUUGGGAAGCACUCCUCGCAGACGGACGCAGCCCAGGGCUUUGGGGGGAAGUACGGGGUCCAGCGGGACCGAGCUGACAAGUCAGCGUUGGGUUUUGAGUACAAGGGUGAGGUGGAGAAGCACUCGUCCCAGAAAGGCAAGUCCAUGGGCACGCGUGGCCCCUCUGCCCAGCGUCUUUCCUGCGCCCUGUGUCCCCUGCUGUCUGCUGUGGCACAGCCUCCUCUGUUGUCCCUCUCCUGUCCCUGUCCCCUGGCUUUUGCUAGUGUCUCCCAUCAUCCCUGCUGCUCCUCCUCCUCCCUGGUGCUCGUCCCCAGUGCUGCCCUCCAUCCGUCCCCUCCCCUCGCCAGCCCCAUGCUCCGGGCAGCAGUGGGCUUCGACUACAGGAGCCAGGCGGAGAAGCACGACUCCCAGAAAGACUAUUCUGUGGGCUUUGGUGGGAAGUUCGGGGUCCAGAGGGAUCGCCAGGACAAGAGCGCCCUUGGCUGGGACCAUCAGGAGGAGGUGCAGCCCCACGCCUCCCAAACAGACUAUGCCAAGGGGUUUGGAGGCCGUUACGGCGUGCAGAAGGACAGAGUGGACAAGAGUGCUGCUGGCUUUGACGCGAUGGCGGCUCCCACCUCCUCCUACGAGAAAACAAGACUCCUGGAGGCAGGGGCUUCCAGUGGCACCAGCAGCCUGCGGUCGCGGUUUGAGAACAUGUCCAAGUCGGCCGAGGAGGAGAGCAGAAGGCAGGCGGAGCAGGAGCGGGCAAGGCGGCAGGCUCGGGAGCACCAGGCAGCUCGNNUCCAUCAGGAAAUCCCGCAGAGAGAGCAGGACCACACAGAGGCAGCCCCUGCCACCGUGCCGGCAAGGGUGCCCCGGAGCGCUGACGGAGACGGGCUCGUGUCACGAGGAGAAGAGGAGGCAAAAAGGGAGGAUGAGGAAACACCACCCACUUUGCCACCAAGGCCAGCAGAUCUGGGUGAAGAGCUGUGCAAGAUCCCCAGCCAGGAUCAGCCCAUCUACAGUGAAAGUUUGGAUGUCAGUGGAGACUAUGAGGAGCUGCCGGAGCCCUCUGACUACUGUGACGGCACCAGCGGAGGGGCUGACUAUGAGGAGCUGCCAGCCCCCGCGGAUGCCAUCUAUGACCAAGGAGGAGACGGGGGUGAGGACUAUGAGGAGAUCCUUCCCGAGGAGCCCAGCCAGAGCCAGCCCCAGCUGGGGGAAACGGACAAUGUUUAUGAGGUGGAGAGCCCUGGGACCUGCGCAGUGGCUCUCUACGAUUACCAAGGAGAGGGAGAUGAUGAGAUUUCUUUUGAUCCGGACGACACAAUCACACACAUCGAGAUGGUGGAUGAAGGCUGGUGGCGGGGGCAGUGCCGGGGCAGAGUUGGCCUCUUCCCAGCAAAUUAUGUGAAGCUUUUGCAGUGA